GUCUUAAACGUGUACUGUCUUAAAAAAGACUAGAUGAGGGCCAGUAUACGAGUUGAAUGGACGAUAAUCUGUUGUCUGUCGUUUUCUCCAUGGUAACUGUUGCCCAACGGCUCUAUUCAGACAGCUCUCUGUUAAUGACCUUCAGCUCUUUCAACGUGUAAUAGUUUAAUAGACAGAUUUUUAAUAACAAAGAACCAUAAGUAACAAACGAGAUAACCGUCACGAACAAACUAAACGUUGGAUGUUGUUCUUUGAGUAGUAAGUGACAUAAACCUGCGUAUCGUAUACAAAGAGAGAAAUGAAUCAGAGGUACGAAGCUUCUCAGUCACAAGUAAGUGACUUGACAUGGUGAAAUGGAGAUGGUCAAAGAAGAGACGGAGAAAUCACGGGUGGAGUCUCUAAAAAGUUCAUCUCCUGAACGAACAAAUGAAGAAGAAAGCUGUCAAAUGUGGAAGGAGAGCAUCGAUGAAAUGAAUUAUGGGGAUUUCAGCCCCACCAUUCUCACCCAUGGCUUUCGUCAUGUCCUCCACCUCUCCUGUGAAGAGACUGUUAGUCACAUGACCUGUGGUGAGCGUGCCGCAGGCUUCGCUAGUCUCCACAGUGAUGGUCAUGUUCAGUUCUAUUAUCCUGAUGGCCGUCUAAGAGAUCCGUCCUUUUGCCAAUCCCUCUCCAUCCCUUAUGCUGGCCUCACUUUCACACAUCUGCCAGGCAGACUGGUUGGCUGGGGACCUGGAGCCAUUCUCACCGUACUAGAUGCAGAACUGAAUCCUCUGGUUCAUGCUUUGAAACCCAUGGAUGUGAGGGUGUGCAAGAUUUUGGAGCACUCGAAUGAGCUUGUCACGGCUGGAGUGGGGAAUGUAUGUGUGUGGUGCCUCACACACUUGGUGUGUCGCAAACGGGUGGUGGAGGGUUUGGGGGCACAAGUUGUUUUCACACAUCUAGCACUGAUGCCUAGCAGGACUCAGCAGGGCCUCAGAGUACUGGCUGCAUACAGACAAGCUGUGGUUGUGGUGGACCUUACAGAGGGAUGCAUUGUGGAGCACAAGAAGAACCUCCAUUUAAGGGAAAUCACGGGAAUGGUCUACUGUCCAGUUAGGGAUAUUGUAGUUACUGCAUCAGAUAUGACAAUUCGAGUGUGGGGACCAGACUGGGAACUUCAAGUGGCCUUUGUGGGACAUACUGCUCUUGUCACCUCGCUAGUUCUGUGUCCUGUUUCUGGCCUGUUGUUGUCCUCUUCUCUUGAUGGUACUUUGAGAUGCUGGAGACCAGAAAUUGGAGACCAGGUCCAGAGUAUAUCCAUCCCUAAUGGGUGCCAACCUCCCCUAGUCAUGGGAGGCCCAGAUAGUGCUGGUACCUUCUUCUCAUACUCCACCAGCAGUGUGGACUUCUGGACCUUCAACUGCCUCUACAAUCUACACUGCAGACUGGACAGGGUCCUGAAAUGUCCUGUCCACCAAAUAUUGACCCCACCAAGUCCCCCUUCCUUCCGUGCUUGUGUAGUUUGUAUUCAUGGAAACAACAAUGUCACAGUUGUUGCAGAAGAAUCGGGUGAAGUUCUCACUAGAUUCCAAGCCACUGGAAGAGUAAAGAGUGCUGAUUACUGUGUACCUAAAGAGGUCUUACUAGUCCUCACUGAGGAUGGAGUGGUAUCUAUUGCUAGUACAUUGACCAGUCCAGUAACAAUACUGGAUGAAUGGCAUGAGAUAGAGCAUUGGGAUUGGUCAGGUGGGCAAAUGGAAGCAAAUAUAGGCACUGUGUGCUGCAUGGUGUUAUACACUGAUGUUACAGAUGCACAAAGUGCACAGGAAGAAAGGAGAUCCUUACAGAUGCAGAGAUCACACAAGCCUAGGAAGAUAAAACUACAUGAUGCAAAAAACAGGUUUCUGGUUAUACUGGGCCAUUGUGGUGGUUGUGUGUCUGUGGUCAAUAUGCAUUCAGGCAAAAUCCAGUUUAGAACUUCUGCUCACAACAACCAAAACAUUAGCAGCAUGCAGGCAUACCCCAACAGUGGCUACCUACUGACUGCAGGUGAAGAUAAAGCUCUGCUGGUUUGGCGUGUGUUUCCAUGUGCUCAGCAGUGUUUGAGUCUCCAUUUCAGCGUGUUGUGCGAUCUGCCUCCUGUUUUGAUGGCACUAAUGGGAACCCAACUCACCUUCGCCUUACAAGAUCCUGAGAAUGAUUCUUAUAGCCUGGUGCAGUACAGCUUAGAGAGCCAAAGCAGAACUGACCAGCACCCCAAUGAAAAGCAUCACAAUAAAAUCACAGGCCUAUGUGCAUGUCAUCAGCUGAACGUGUUUGCUUCAAGCAGUCAGGAUGGGACUGUACGGAUCUGGGAUAUGGAAAACCACCUUCUUAGGAUUCUAGAGCUGAAUGCAGAGCCGGAGUAUUUGGCAUACUGUGAGAGUGGAGACCUGCUAUUAGGCAUCAGAGGAGACCUCUACAGAAUACCUUGCACACACCUACCGCUUCCAGACUGCAAGACACAAAAAUGGGACCCAGACUCUGAAUUACCUAAAUCCUCAAUACCAAUCAUGAGUCACAAAUGCAGGACAGAGAGUUGCCAUGUUACUAAAAAGGAUGACCCUGAAAGGAGUGAUAGGACAAAAGAUCCAGACUUUGGGACACUCAUAGCAAGACAUAAAGAUCUUGAAUCCCUGCAAAAAGGAGAGAUUGAGUGCAGAAGGAGAAAACCAGCCACCAUACAAACCAAACAAGAGGCUUUUAAUAAUUACCUGGGUCUAAUUUACAGGGAACCCCUUGAUAUAAGAAUUACAGAACAAGAUAUGUUUGAUGUGUACGCUAUACUUUUUCCACCUAAACUUCCUGAGCUACCUCCUCUGAGCCCUGUCUCCUGCACAGACGGCUUAUCCACGAGACAACGUUCCCCUAAAACACAGAGUGAAUUAGAUGAAGUGCAACGCUUGUAUAAUGAAGAGAAGGAGAAGAAGGAGGGGGAAGAUGCUGACAUGCAUCUCACACCCAUCAUAGAGACUCCAUCUACACAGAAAAGCCCUCUUCCACCUUCACCAGUGGAAGAGACACUCAUAUACCCUCCACAAAAGCCCCUUCCACCAAUAAAGAGUCCUACACCCCCUCCAACUCCACCCUCCGAGACUGCACCUCCUUCGCCGCCCCUUGCCCCACCUUUACUCAGCCCUGUACCGCCCUCGCCCUCUCCUUCCCCACCCUCUUCACCUAAACGGCCCACACCCUUGCCCACCCCACCAUCAACCUCACAUCUACCAGAGUUCCUCCUGCAGUUUAUGGAGGAACAGUGGUUUCAAAAGAUGUUUCCUGAUAUGAGUUGUAUUUCCAGUUCUUUGUGCCCCAAGGAAUUCUGCAUGCAUCUGUUGGACUUCAUGAUGUCUUGCAGCAUGGCUCAGAAGAAUAGCAUCCUGAAUGCAUUGUUUAUGCUAAUACAACAGGAGGUGUUCGACAAAAAAUCUCUCGGCACAGGACUCCUGGUUUGCCUGGAAAACUGCAUUCACAAAAACAUGUCAAGGGAGGAACAGCAUUUUGUCGGUGAGCUGUUGAAUAUGAUGGUAUAUCUGAGUCCUGACACUUUUGACACCAUUGUGGAGCUACUCGCCAUGUUGGCAAAUAAGGCAGUUGAUCUAAAGGCUUUAGUUCUGUGUGUGUUGCAAAGGUUGGGUGUGGAGGAAGCUGAACUGUGGUUAUGUCCAGAAUUAGAGUCCUGGAACUCUCUGACCAAGCAUCAACGUAACCAGCACCACAGUCUUCGAGACAUGGCCAGACACUGGUUGCUUACCUGGACCAGAAAGUAUAGGGUGCACAGUGGGUCUGUGUUCCUACGCAGUGAAGGAAUACAGAGUGUGUUCGCACCUGUGGAGGUGAUUAAAUAUUUCUGCUCUGUGCAAAGAGGCAAACAGAGUCGACCACCACCACCUCCACCAGAGGGCAGGAAAGAUGCUGUCAUCGUGCCUUCAGACUUGCCUAGACUGAAGCCUGUUCAGCGCCUGGGCGAGACAUACAGUAUGUCUAGGAUACGGGAGCCUCAAGGAUGUCUGCUGCCACCGUUGCCAUAUCGACCGGUGUUGAUGGAUUUCCCAAGGUUCCUCUCUCUACCUGUGGCUCAUGUCACACUUUCUCCAUUCCCUUUAUCCCUGGAUUUUCAGAACUUCAGACGCCCCUCACUGCAAAGAUACUUCUUCCUGGAACGCUCCUAUGUACAAUAUUACAGAUAGCAUCCAGGUAUUUCCAAAAGCAUUGCAUGAAAGCUGUAAAAGACGAUCUCUGUGAUGCAUUAAAUGACGCAAAAUACAUCUAAAAGUAUUGUACAGAUGCUAACUUCAUCAUCUUUCAGUCUUUCAGUACAUAUUUGACAGCUGAAUAUUUGAGAAAUAUGGCUUGUUUUAAUGUGGAAGGGUAUAGAGAGAAUGCUAGUGUUUUGAAAAGCAAUUUAUUCCUUUGAAACACUUGCUAAGGAGAACACGUUGUUUAUAAAUUGAGCAUUUUUACAAGGUACACAAAUUCAAACAAUUUUGAAAGGACAGUAGGCUCUGGUGACAUAGGAGCAGGCAUUGAUCUUCUACUGCGGAAGUGGUGUUUAGCCACACUAUUACAUCAUAAAGUAGAACAUUCCACAACCUGUCAUUUUGGCAGAUAUAUAAGCUGUUUUUAGACUAACAAGAAAGUUUGAGUUCUAAAACUUACAGAAUGUUUUAUAGUGCAAUGACCUCUUAUACACUGACCAAAAUUAUAAACACAACACUUUUGUUUUUGCCCCCAUUUUUCAUAAGCUGAACUCAAAGAUCUAAGACUUUUUCUAUGUACACAAAAGGCCUAUUUCUCUCAAAUAUUGUUCACAAAUCUGUCUAAAUCUGUGUUAGUGAGCAGUUCUUCUUUGGCAAGAUAAUCCAUCCCCCUCACAGGUGUGGCAUAUCAAGAAGCUGAUUAGACAGCAUGGUUAUUGCACAGGUGUGCCUUAGGCUGGCCACAAUAAAAGGCCACUCUAAAAUGUGCAGUUUUACUGUAUUGGGGGGGUCCGGGGGGGUCCAAAAACCAGUCAGUAUCUGGUGUGACCACCAUUUGCCUCAUGCAGUGCAACACAUCUCCUUCACAUAGAGUUGAUCAGGUUGUUGAUUGUGUCCUGUGGAAUGUUGGUCCACUCCUCCUCAAUGGCUGUGUAAAGUUGCUGGAUAUUGGCAGGAACUGGAACACGCUGUCGUAUACGCCGAUCCAGAGCAUCCUAAACAUGCUCAAUGGAUGACACGUCCGGUGAGUAUGCUGGCCAUACAAGAACUGGAAAUGUUUUCAGCUUCCAGGAAUUCUGUACAGAUCCUUGCAACAUGGGGCCGUGCAUUAUCAUGCUGCAACAUGGGAUGAUGAUCAUGGAUGAAUGGCAUAACAAUGGGCCUCAGGAUCUCGUCACGGUAUCUCUGUGCAUUCAAAAUGCCAUCAAUAAAUUCACCACCUGUGUUCAUUGUCCAUAACAUACCCCUGCCCAUACCAUAACCCCACCACCACCAUGGGCCACUCAAUCCACAACCUUGACAUCAACAAACCACUCACCCACACGACACCAUACACGCUGUCUGCCAUCUGCCCUGUACAGUGAAAACCGGGAUUCAUCCGAGAAGAGAACACCUCUCCAAAGUGCCAGACACCAUUGAAUCUGAGCAUUUGCCCACUCAGGUCGUUUACGACGAUGAACUGCAGUCAGGUCGAGACUCCGAUGAGGAUGACGAGGAUGCAGAUGAGCUUCCCUGAGAUGUUUCUGACAGUUUGUGCAGAAAUUCUUUGGUUAUGCAAACUGACUGUUGCAGCAGCUGUCCAGGUGGCUGGUCUCAGACGAUCUUGAGGUGAAGAUGCUGGAUGUGGAGGUCCUGGGCUGGUGUGGUUACAUGUGGUCUGCGGUUGUGAGGCCGGUUGGAUGUACUGCCAAAUUCUCUGAAACGCCUUUGGAGAUGGCUUAUGGUAGAGAAGUAAACAUUAAAUUCACGGGCAACAGCUCUGGUGGACAUUCCUGCAGUCAGCAUGCCAACUGCACGCUCCCUCAAAACUUGUGACAUCUGGUGCAGUGUUCUGUGUGAUAAAACUGCACAUUUUAGAGUGGCCUUUUAUUGUGUUUUUUUAUUUGAGUUCAGCUCAUGAAAAAUGGGGGCAAAGACAAGUGUUGCGUUUAUAAUUUUGGUCAGUGUAUGUCAAGGGAAUUUUGAUUUCUCAGUUCAUGACCCCUUUAAAGGAAUUACCGUCAUUCUAAUUGCACCCAUAUUCACUCCAGCUCUACAUUCACAAGUUAUUUAGUCAUUAUUGGGUGAGAUUUCCACAGGCAGGCACAUUUCUUGAAAGGUUCAAAGUUGAUCACAUUGAUUUGUCUACAAAUAGCUACACUACUGUCAAAAGAAGCUUUUUAUUGUUUCUCUCAUGCAGUGCACUGUCUCCGUAUAGCAACUAUGUGCUGCUCCUCUCUACCACUCCUCGCAUGGAAUGGAAUGUCACGUGAUGCGGCAGUUAUUGUCACGCCAUCAGAAUGAUAGAGCGUCUUCGGAGCCUCAGUAUGACCGCGGGUCCUUAAAAUGUCUUAAAUAACGUUUUCCUAAUAGAAGGCCUUAAAAUUCAAACUUGAUGGGUCUUAAAUAUUUUUGGUCACAUUACCGCUAAAAUAUGUUUAGCCUGACGGAUUUAAUAACUGUUUACAAUCAAUGGACAGACCGAAGAUUUUUUUUCUCAAAAUCAUUUUGCAGUGUAAAUUAUUUAAUCUGACUGGUAGAAUUUAUUGAUACACUGUAAGAAUUUGACAUGAAAGGUGAUGCAUAUAUUUCAAAAGUUUAAAAAAUAGGCCUUUAUAAAGGUAAAUAAAAAUAUGAAGAUUUAAGAAUGUAAAAGCUGAUAGAUCACUAAAAAUAUUGCUUCAGAAUAAAUUGUUUACACCACCAAAAAUCUUAGUGAUGUGGUACUUUUAUGGGGCUAUUUUGUGUGGGAUAUUAUCUACUUCUAUGAAAAGUUCUCUGUAUAUCGUAGUAAUAAAUAUAAGUUAUGACAGUGAUGAAAUUUAGUUUUUAUUUUGCAUUAAACACAUAUGUAUGUAUGUGCGUAUUUCCAUUACAGGUUUAGGUCUUAAAUUUCAUAUUAGGUGGUAUUAAAAUUUCACUUGUUCAUAUCUGUAGAAACCCUGAGCCUAUAACAGGAGCAAAGCUAUCACUUCUAAGGCUUCCCUUACCAGAUACAGCAGCUGCUACUUGUACACAGAGCUUGAGAGUUCUUCUCAGCACUUGUCCUUUAUACAAAUAACUUUUGAGAAGAAUCUUUUUCAAAAUGACAGAGUAAAUGUUAGUGAGUUGCACUGAGAUGUGAUUGAAAAAUGCUGCAAGCAGAAUUCCACUUAUUCAGACCCAUCUAUUCUGUGUGUGUGUGCGCAAAACAAGAACUUACCAUAUAUGGUUUUGUAACCUUUUAAUAUUGCCAUGAUGCAAAAAAAGGCCCUGAAGUUUCUGAAUUUUAGGACAUUAUUGGGCCAGCCAAUGCACAGAAAUUUUCAGCAUCAUUACUCCAGUCUUCAGUGUCACAUGAUGCUUCAGAAAUCAUUCCAAUAUGCAGAUUUGCUGUUCAAGAAACAUUAUUAUUAUUAUUAUUAUUGAUACUGAAAGCUAUCAAACAAUUAAAGGAGAACUCCACUUCCAGAACAACAAU